AGUGAGUUCAGAACAACCCGAAGUAGAAGUAAGCGUCAUAACAACAACAACACAGCUAGCGGUGUUAGCUCGAAGGAAAGCGACGAGUGUUUGUUUCUUCUGACUUGGGACCAAUCAACAGGUACGCUGGAAUUUUCUGACACCCACUCGGACAUGUCCUAUGUCUUCAUCAACGACUCGUCGCAGACCAACGUGCCUCUGCUGCAGGCCUGCAUCGACGGGGACCUGCCCUUCUCCAAGAGGCUCCUGGAGACGGGAUGCGACCCAAACAUCCGGGACAACCGGGGCCGCACGGGCCUGCACCUAGCCGCCGCCAGAGGGAACGUGGACAUCUGUCGCCUGCUGCACAAGUUCGGGGCCGAUCUGUUGGCGACUGAUUAUCAGGGAAACACAGCACUGCACCUGUGUGGCCAUGUGGACACUAUACAAUUCCUGGUGUCCAACGGCCUGAAGAUUGACAUCUGUAAUCACAACGGAUCGACUCCUCUGGUGCUGGCGAAGAGGCGCGGCGUCAACAAGGACGCCAUCCGCCUGCUGGAGGGCCUCGAGGAGCAGGAGGUGAAAGGCUUCAACAGAGGGCCGCACUCCAAACUGGAGACCAUGCAGAUGGCCGACAGUGAGAGUGCGAUGGAGAGCCACUCUUUACUCAACCCCAACCUGCAGAGCAGCGAGGGCGUCCUGUCCAGCUUCAGGACCACCUGGCAGGAGUUCGUGGAGGACCUGGGCUUCUGGAGGGUUCUGCUGCUGCUUGUGGUCAUCGCCCUCCUCUCGCUGGGCAUCGCCUACUACGUCAGCGGGGUCCUUCCUUUCUCCACCAGUCAGCUGGAGCUGGUGCACUGAGGUGAAAGGCUGGGGGGAUGAGGGCAGUGACGAACAAGCAUGGCUUAAGAGGGUAGUGAGAUAAUCAAGGGAAGUUCUGCUUUCGACUGUUUGUACCUAAACUCAGAUUUUUGCUUAUUUGCUGCCCUGGUCUCAUGUUUUAUUCUCUGUACAAAUAGUUAAAGCAUCAUUGUUUUGUUAUAAAAUUGCAUUUUUAAAACGCAGUGAUGCAAAAGCGCAAAACCCAUUAAAAGCUAAAAACAAAAACUUAAACAAGCAACGUAAACCUUUGCGAGGUUGUGGGAUGACUAACAGAAAGACUGAGACAACAUGUGGGAAGCAACACUACGUGACUUUUAGUAAGCUACACAUCUACCCAUGAUCCUCUGCUUCCUGAACCUGAAGAGAUGCUUCUGUAACAAAUCCACCAAACUUUUGUUUAUAAUUCUUCAUAUUUCAGUGUGAGUGUUUUUAACUGAUCUCAGUUCAACUUCACUCUUCAGCUGCAGCUGAUUGUGACAGUCUGUGACUCUCGGUCACUUCCUCUCACAGGAGAUGGAACCCACUCACUAGAGAACAGAUGUUCAGGGAGUGAAGGAGGAAACUUUCUCCUGAUUCAGAGCCACUGAAACAUCUGACUCACUUUGAACAAGCUGCUACUUGUUUAAGGUUAAAAGUUCCAUAGUGUUGCUUCAACAAGCCACAUGUUAUGAAACACGUCCCGCUCAUUUCAAACUUCUGAAACUGUACUAGUGAAGACAAUAUGAUGCUUCUUUUGUUACACACAGUCAAACGAUGGCAUUUCCUGCUUUCAUUCCCUGUUACAAGCUGUAUAUUGGCAACACUCUCUUUUAUUUUCAUGUUUUUUUCUGUUUGUUUGUCCAGUCUCUCUGUCUUGCUAUUUAUCAAAUGUCCUCUCUAUUCGUUUUCUUUCAUACUGUUUUCUUUUGUUAAAAUGCUUUGCCUCCUGCUGUCUUUAACCCGGUUUGCUCUUGAAAUGUCUGCAUUUAUUAAUUCAAUGAUCUUAAUUCUGAUAAGUGAAGAGGUUUAGAGAAGCACCUUGACUGUGUGCCUUUUGAGUUUGUAACAUUCCUGCCUGAAUCAUUAAGCAUUUCUUUGCAUUAAAAUCUACUGCAUUGUUUUGAACAUCAUGACCAGACGCAAUGCUUAUAAAGUAGGAUUAUGGCAGCAGAUUGAAGGUUAUAGCUUCUUCUCUUUGUAUAUUCAUUAUAUUACAUCCAUGUACUCAAUAACUGUUGUUUUUUAUUUGUUGUAGAUUUUUCCGAAGUUGAUUUUCUGUGAACAAUAACACGUUUAACGUAAUUCCUAAUUUAACGUGGAAAUAAAGAAUGUGUAUGAAUGA